UGAUUCCGCCCUUCAAAGCCUCUCCUCCAGCGUCAGCCGUCGAUACCCAAAGGCAGCGCCACUCCCUCGACGCGUCACCCCGACUCUACGCGAUACUCGAGUUCAACAAAAGGGACCUUCGCUGUUGCCGCGCAAUCGACCGAUCCAGCGUCCACCCUCGACCGAUUCCCCAUCUCCAUCAUCCCUCACAAUGCCUCUCUGCGGCGGUUCCAAAACGGUGCAGCGCAAGCUGGUGCUUCUGGGCGAUGGUGCCAGCGGAAAGACGUCGCUGCUCAACGUCUUCACAAGAGGUUACUUUCCGACCGUCUACGAACCGACUGUCUUCGAAAACUACGUUCACGACAUCUUCGUUGACAAUGUACACAUCGAGCUCUCACUCUGGGAUACGGCCGGCCAGGAGGAAUUCGACCGGCUACGAUCCCUCUCUUACGAUGACACCGAUUUGAUCGUGCUCUGCUACUCGGUCGAUAGCAAAGACUCGCUAGAAAACGUCGAAUCCAAGUGGGUCGGGGAGAUUGCCGACAACUGCCCUGGCGUCAAGCUGGUUCUGGUCGCCCUCAAGUGCGAUCUGCGCCAGCAGGAGGAGGACGAGCCCGAAGAAGGCGCAGCAGCCGAUGCCAACGCACCGCGCGAGAAGCCCCCCACCAUUUCCUACGACGAGGGCCUCGAAGUCGCCAAGCGAAUAGGUGCAUCCCGAUACCUCGAGUGCUCAGCCAUGAAGAACCGCGGCGUCAACGAGGCUUUCACAGAGGCCGCCCGUGUAGCGCUGAGCGUCAAGAAGGAGAGGGAAGACAACAAGUGCACAAUCAUGUAA